AUGGCGGGAAAUGGCUUCCAGUCAUCGUAUGCUAAUGAUAAGCCGCCUUCAUCAACAGGCAGUGGAGAAGCUGAGAUGUCAACUGACCCAGCCAGUAGUAGCUUCUUCACAAGUGACUUCAAAAGGCAUGAAGAUUUAAAGACAAUGCUAGAUAGUAAUAAAGACGCCCAGAAAUUAGAAGCUAUGAAAAGAAUUGUUGGGAUGGUAGCAAAAGGCAAAGAUGCAUCUGAGUUAUUCCCAGCGGUUGUUAAAAAUGUUGUGGCCAAAAAUCUAGAGAUAAAGAAGUUAGUAUAUGUAUAUUUAACAAGAUAUGCUGAAGAACAACAAGAUUUAGCCUUAUUAUCUAUAAGUACUUUCCAGAGAGCUUUAAGAGAUCCUAACCAGUUGAUACGUGCUAGUGCAUUACGUGUAUUGUCUAGUAUACGUGUAUCAGUAAUUACACCAAUAAUGAUGUUAGCUAUUAAAGAAGCUGUUAUGGAUAUGUCACCUUAUGUUCGUAAAACAGCUGCUCAUGCCAUACCUAAAUUAUAUAGUUUAGAUCCAGAAACUAAAGAACAGCUGAUAGAAGUUAUUGAGAGAUUAUUAGGAGAUAAAACUACUUUAGUAGCAGGUAGUGCUAUACAAGCAUUUGAAGAAGUCUGUCCAGAACGUAUUGACUUAAUACAUAAAAACUAUCGUAAACUAUGUAAUUUACUGGUGGAUGUUGAAGAAUGGGGACAAGUUGUUAUUAUUAAUAUGUUAACCAGAUAUUGUAGAACACAGUUUGUUAAUCCUAAUCUUGAUGAUAUGGGAGAAGAAGAAGAUAAACCAUUCUAUGAAGAUUCAGAAAAAGAAGAUUCAGAAGAAGAGAAAGAAGAUGAUAUGAAGAAUAAGAAGGCACCAUAUAUUAUGGAUCCUGACCAUAGAUUAUUAUUACGUCAAGCUAAACCAUUACUUAAUAGUAGAAAUGCUGCUGUUGUAAUGGCAGUAGGACAACUCUACCAUCAUUGUGCACCAAAAGCUGAAACUGGUGUCAUGUCUAAAGCUUUAAUAAGAUUAUUACGCAGUCAAAAAGAAAUCCAGUACGUGGUAUUAAGUAAUGUAGCUACUAUGACUAGUCGAAGAAAAGGAAUGUUUGAACCAUAUUUAAAAAGUUUUUAUAUUCGUUCGAGUGAUCCAUUACAUAUUAAACUUCUGAAGUUAGAGAUCUUAACUAAUCUAGCUACAGAGACCAAUAUAUCAACUAUACUUCGAGAAUUCCAAACAUAUGUAACCAGCCCUGAUAAAGACUUUGCAGCUGCUACUAUACAAGCUAUUGGACGAAGUGCUAGUAGUAUAGCUGAAGUUACUGAUACUUGUUUAAAUGGUUUGGUACAUCUUAUGUCUAAUAGAGAUGAGAGUGUAGUAGCUGAAAGCGUUGUUGUUAUUAAGAAACUCUUACAAAUGAGGCCGUCAGAACAUAAAGAUAUUAUAGUCCAUAUGGCUAAAAUGGUAGAUAAAAUAACAGUACCUAUGGCUAGAGCCUCUAUAUUAUGGUUAAUAGGUGAAUACAGUGAACGAGUACCUAAAAUAGCUCCAGAUGUCUUGAGAAAGAUGGCUAAGACAUUUAUUACUGAGGAAGACAUUGUAAAGUUACAGAUAUUGAAUUUAGCAGCUAAAUUAUGUAUCACAAAUCCUAAGCAAUGUAAAUUAUUGUGUCAGUAUGUAUUCAACUUGGCUAAAUAUGAUCAAAAUUAUGACAUUCGUGACCGAUCACGAUUUUUACGCCAACUUAUUCUACCUGGUGAAAACGGAAGUGUCCUUGCUAAAUAUGCCAAAAAGAUAUUUUUAUCAACUAAGCCUGCUCCUGUACUUGCUUCCAAAUUUAAAGAUCGUGACCUCUAUCAACUGGGAACUCUGUCUCAUUUAUUGAAUAUUAAAUGCCAUGGUUAUCAGGAACUACCAGAAUGGCCAGAAUCAGCGCCUGACUCUAGUGUCAGGAAUGUAGAAGUUGUCAUGCCAUGGGUUGAGAAACCUCAACACUCCCAACAGAAGAAGAAAAAAGAAUCCAAAUCCUUUUAUUCUGAAUCAGAGUCCAGUGAAGAAGAAGAAUCAAGUAAUAGUAGUGAUGAUAAUGAUGACAGUAGUGAUGAGAAUUCAGAUAGUGAUGCUGAGAACAGUGAUAGUGACAAACAAUCCUCUAAAAAACAAUCAUCUAGUGAAGAUAGUUCUUCAGAUAGUGACUCUGAUAGUGACUCCAGUGAUUCAUCAGAGGAAGAUUCUAGUGAUGAUAGUGAUAAAGUCAUCAAGAAACCUGCUGCUAAGCCUGAAGUAAAAAGUAAAAGUAAAAAAGUUGUUGAAACCAAGCCAAAAUCCAAUGCUGAUUUAUUAUUAGACUUAGAUGAUAGUAACUUUAAUAUCUCCUCUGUAAUUAUAGUAGGUGGAGUAGCUAGUAAUGAUACAAGUACUGGUGCUACACCAGCUGGUAAUAUGUUAACACCAACACUAGCUAGUGGUAUUAUAGAGAGUAAAUCUUAUGAGUUAUUAAAUCGUAUAACUGGUAGUGGUUUAAGUAUAAAUUAUAAAUUUACUAGAACAGUAUCAGUAUUUUCACCUAAAAUGGUAUCAAUAGAACUGAUGUUUACUAAUAGUGGUGAUGAACCUUUAACUAAUAUCAAACUAGGAGAAAAGAAAUUACAAACUGGCAUGGAAAUUCAAGAAUUUUCUGAAAUAGGUUCUAUUGCUCCUGGUAUGAGGAGUACUGUAUUAAUUGGUAUUAACUUUAAUGAUACAACCCAACCAGCUAAAUUUGAUAUCUGUACAGCUCAACAAAAACAUUCUGUUAGUAUUUCUGCUCCAGUAGGGGAGAUAAUUCAACCGUAUUCAUUGAUAGACUCUGAGUUUACCAGUCAGCAAGGAAAACUUUCUGGUAUGAAUGAAAAUUCUGGAAAAAUAACACUAACAAAAGAUAAUCAGGAUGCUAAGAGCAUCUGUAUGUGUGUUCAUUCUGUAGCUAAUGUUAUACAAGUUCCUGGAAGUAAUGAAAAUGUCUAUAGAUUUUCAGGAAAAACUGUUGCUUCAGGAACUUUGGUGCUGAUUUCUGUUACAGUAAAUGAUAGUAGUGCUAAACUAACUGUAAAUUGUGAGAAAAUGGUGAUAGGUACCAUGUUGUUAAAGGAUUUAAAGAAUUAUUUUGAGAGCGUUUAG